CCACAAGCAUUUACGAUGGCAGUGGUAUGCCGCCACCACAGUCACAAUACCCACAUGAAAGACCAUAUCGUACCAUCAAAGGCGAGAAAGGUGAACGUGGCCCUAAAGGUCCUCCUGGUGAUAGUAUACGUGGUCCUCCUGGACCACCAGGUCCUGCUGGUCCUAAAGGUGAUCCAGGUUCAUUUCCUCCCUUUAUUGAUUUUGCUAGCAAUCCUGAGGCGAAAUACACUGGCAAAUGUACAUGCAAUGCGUCUGAUAUCCUAGAAGCCAUCAAAGACAACGAUAUUUUAAGAGAAACAUUAAGAGGUCCACCAGGACUGCCGGGUAAAGAAGGCAAAACUGGAGCUCCGGGACGUACGACGAAUAUAACGAUUGAGGGUGCUACUGGGGUACCAGGUGAACGCGGUGCCCCCGGUCCUAAAGGUGACCGCGGCGAAAGGGGCGAUCCUGGUCCUCGUGGUCCCGAAGGUCUGCAAGGCAACAAAGGUGAACCAGGUGUCGAUGGUAUGCCUGGCGUAAUGGGUCCUCCCGGACCGCCAGGUCCACCUGGUUUGCCAGAGAAUUAUGAUGAAUCUUUAAUGGGCAAUUCAAUGGGAGCAUUGCGUAGCAGUUCACCAGGACCUAAAGGAGAGCCAGGCAUUAAAGGUGAAAUGGGCCGUAGUGGUGAAAGAGGUCAACCAGGACAAAAGGGUGAACGUGGUGAUCCUGGCAUGACGGGUGAAAAAGGUGAUAGGGGUCACACUGGACCGCAUGGACCAAGCGGUGCCAAAGGUGAACCAGGACAACCGGGUAUACCAGGUAUUUCAGGAGCUCCUGGUGCUCCUGGACUCAAAGGUGAUCGUGGUCUGCCGGGUGAGAUAGGUCCCAUGGGUCCACCCGGCCCCGCCGGACAAAUAGUCUAUGCCGAUAUGCCGUUUGGUUUGCAGAAUACAACACAGUGUACAUGUCCCGCCGGACCAGCAGGUCCUAUAGGUCCACGUGGCCCACCCGGUUAUGAUGGCGCACCCGGUUUGAACGGUGAGCCGGGUCCAGCUGGUUCGAUCGGUUUGACCGGCCUGCCUGGUGCAAAAGGCGAGAAAGGCGAAAAAGGUUUGCGUGGUUUGGCUGGACCGAAAGGUGAUCGCGGACCUGAGGGUCCACCAGGACAGGCCUUUUUCGCUGGUGGUUUCGAAGGCAUGGCUAUGAAUGGCACCAAAGGUGACAAAGGUGAUAAGGGAAUGCGUGGUCGUCGCGGCAAACCGGGAACAGCUGGACCAAUCGGACCUCCGGGCAAACCAGGUUUAAUGGGCGAAAUGGGACAUGCGGGUCGUCCAGGUAUGCCAGGACCAAAAGGUGAUAUGGGUCCGAAGGGUCCCAAAGGUGAUUCUGGCGGUCGUGAAGGGCCCAAAGGCGAUAAGGGUGAUAGAGGACAAGAUGGUCGUGAUGGUAUGCCGGGACCACCUGGUUUACCAGCAGCAGCAGGAGAAGGUGUACAAUAUGUUCCUAUGCCAGGACCACCAGGCCCACCUGGACCACCCGGUCCACCAGGUAUGCCCGGCCUAACAAUAUCAGGACCAAAGGGAGAACCUGGCAUGGAAAGUCGUAAUGGUUAUUAUGGUGAUGCCUCCUACUAUGGAAGACCAGAUGAACUCAAAGCUUUGCGUGAACUUCAAGAUUUAAGAGAUCGGCCAGAUGGCAGUUCGGGACCUCCUGGUCCUCCAGGUCCACCAGGACCCCCGGCUAGUGGCAGUCGUCAUCAUGAUCAUGAUGAAGAAGAGGAGACUCCCUACUAUUCAGCAGCUUCUUCUUGGAAUAUGCGUAUUGUUCCGGGAGCCGUAACAUUUCCCAAUAUUGAUGAAAUGACAAAGAAAUCUGCCAUGAAUCCACCUGGUACUUUGGCAUAUAUAACUGAAGAGGAAGCGUUAUUAGUGAGAGUCAACAAAGGUUGGCAAUAUAUUGCGCUUGGAACAUUGGUACCAAUUGCCACACCCGCCCCACCGACAACAAUUGCACCACCAGUACGUGUUGAUAUACAAUCAUCGAAUUUAUUAAAUAAUUUACCACCAUUACUCAAUACACCUACGUUUACUACAGCUCCGGAAUAUGAAACGUGGUAUCCACGUAUGUUACGAGUGGCAGCUCUGAAUGAACCUUAUAUUGGCGAUUUACAGGGUAUACGUGGUGCAGAUUUUGCCUGUUAUCGUCAGGGUAGAAGAGCUGGUUUAUUGGGAACAUUUAAAGCAUUCCUGUCAUCAAGAGUACAAAAUCUUGAUUCAAUUGUACGUGUCGCAGACCGCGAUCUACCAGUGGUGAAUACGCGAGGUGAUGUACUAUUCAAUUCAUGGAAGGGCAUAUUUAAUGGACAAGGUGGUUUCUUUUCACAAGCACCACGCAUUUAUAGUUUCAGUGGUAAAAGUGUUUUAACGGAUCCAAUGUGGCCACAAAAACAUGUCUGGCAUGGUGCAUUACCCAAUGGAGAACGUUCAAUUGACACAUAUUGUGAUGCCUGGCAUUCGGGGGCAAGAGAUAAAUUUGGUUAUGCCAGCAAUUUGCUGGGGAACAAACUACUAGAUCAGGAGCGUCUAACAUGUGAUAGUAAAUUAAUAGUAUUAUGUGUUGAGGCUCUAUCACAGGAUCGACGAAAAAAAACGCGACUUGAGUGACAGGUAAGUAAAUUAAUAUUUGUACUAUUCUACAUACAGAUUUAUAUUGCAUUUGAUAUAUUUGUGUUGUAAAACUAUUUAAUAUAAAUGUCAUGUGUAAAUAC